AAAAAGAAAGUAUUUCUCGUCCCCUGGCGUCCACAAUAUUCUUUAAAAUUUCUUUUAAAUAUGGGUUAAGCUCCAAGGGACACAUUGUUAAGCGCUGGAAAUGCAGUAGCUGCAACCCAGCGCAUGCCAAAUUAGCUCAGUUUAGUCAGAAUUGACCAUUAUCUUUUAUAGUUACGAAUCAAGUGAACAUUAUUAGUUUUACUUCACUGGGUUUGAUGAUGCUGGUUACUAUUUGCCUUGGCCUUGUAAGCGAUUAAAGAAAGCGCAGAUAAUGCAACGCCGAGCUGAGUUCAUGAUCUAGACGGAGUCGGUGCCUUGACCAUCAAACUGGCUCUGUUCGCUGCCAUGAAAACAGCAACACCCGGCCUUGCCGGCUGGACCAGACACGGGACGGUAGAAACCCCAGCCCUCUGCUACAAAACCUGGGAGGGAAAGAUAAAGAGAACCUUCUAAAUUGUCCCUGGCCUCAGUCCCUUUUGUCUGAUUUCCCUGCACUAGCUCGCAGAGAGGGAGAAGAAGCCAACCCGUGUUUCUUCCGAUGCAUUUCGAGUCGUUUUAUGCCAUCUGACGAGGAUUGCAACGCACUUUUAUAAGCCUUUCCCCCCCUUUAAUCAAUUUUUGUAAAGGGUGCUGCUUAUUGAAAAAACAUCUUUGGAAGGAUUUCAAGUGUUGGUCUUCGGUUCCGUAUGUUUUUUAGGUUUGCAAGCCAUUUCUAUUUAAUUUGGCAAAUGCAAAAUAAACAUACCGCAAGAGUGGACUUCCCCGGAGUAAUUUUUCUACCUGACUUGCAUAGAGAAAUAUAUUUGGAAGGCGACGUUGGGGCUCACGUUUCAUUUUAUUUAGAUCUGUAUUUAUAACGCUAAGCCUAUUGAUAAUAGCCUUCCGUACACCAGCCAAUAAACCGGUGCCUUAUAUGGUAUUAAUUUUGUAAGCAGUGAUAUGGCCCUCAUAGGAAUCUGAUAAGGGUUUGUCCAUCGCACAUUAACACAUCGCGAGGUUAGUCGGGUUGGGGAAAUACAAACAAUAUAACAGGAGGAAAUGUAGAGGGGGGGGAAGUCUAAGGGUUCCUAUAGGCUGUGGGACCUAUCCCUGUCACCGCAUCCCAUGGGCCGAUCAGAAGGAAGCCGCAUUGUGAUGCUCGCCCCAUGUCACUGGAAAAAUCAGGCGCCUUUCCAUAAAGCUUUCAAGGGUAUUGCAAAGUUGUAGAAGCCUCUGCCUGCCCUGACGCUUCCCGUGGGCGCGGAAGGAGGCUGGGGAAGGCCCCGCCGGCUCGGCUCAGCUCCCCCGCGAGAAGGGGCACUCGCCUCCCGCCGCAAGGAGGGACUUCUCCGAGGGAAUGUCACGCUGUGGAAAAAGCAUUUCCUCGUGGCAGGCAAGCACUGUGGGACGAGACCACGUGGAGCUUGACAGAUCCGUGGGGCGGGAGGGAAAGGGCCGCCCCUGCCCCUGCCCCGCGGCUCUUCUCGGGGCGGUUUGAAAGCCAAGGGUAAGCGCCAGGGGAUGCGGGGCGCCGCACCCGCCCCGCCGUCACCCCGCCCGGCAGGCAGCGGCCCCACCACAGGCGCCCUGCUGGGCACGGCAGCAAGGUGCCAGUCAGCGGCUCCGGCCGGGAACGGCGCUGACGCCCGGCCAGCAGCCACUCUCCCCCGCCCGCCCUACUGGAAGCGGAGCCCGGUGGGCCGCUGCUUCCCCGGGCAACGUGCGUGAGAGAGGAGCGAGCCCUCCUCCUCAGGGGUGGGCAGCAAGUACCGGGCAGCCGCAGACUCUCCUUGUACUAAAGAGCCCUUAGUUCCGCCGACCGGGCAGUGAGGCGACUUCAAAAUCGCUUAAGCGAGAGAUGUUGGAAGUGAAAGCAAGCCACCAUUAAGCGAUUCAUUAGAAAAUCUAUCUGUCUCUUUGCGUCCCUGUCUGUCUGCUAUCUGUCUGCUACCUCCGCCACAAUUACAUAUUGACUGAACAGGGCUGUCUAGUAUCUCAGGAUUCAUCUACUUACUAUUCUUUUCAUUAUUUAGUACAUUGCUUGUAAAAGAGACGGUGCUUUUGAAGAGUCGAAAAGUGAAUGACCCAAAUGGAGCGGGAGCGGGGGGAGAUAUAAUAAUGAUCGCCCAAAUAUAAACACAUCAAUAAACAGGGUGCGCAGCAUCCUGCGAUGAUCCAUUUGAACUGCUCGCGCCUGGAUUCUUUCUGUGGCAUAUGUCUGGCUUAAAUUUUAAAUGGUAAUCAGACCUCGGGAAGAAUCUAGCGUUAAAUAAAGCAUUAGGAGCUGCGACCGCCCAGUCAAUCCUCCUAGAGUGGCAUUGCUCCCUAAGAGAUUUUUCAGCGCAGCAGCGAGCAUUUUAUCUCCAGGAAAUUUAAGCCCAGCUUGGCGUCGUGACGGUGAUGUUAGGUUGGAAGCAGCCCCUUUCCUCGGUAGUUUAACGCGAGAGGCACCAGGCCCCUUUACGGUUUCCAGUGAUCCGUGAUAAACAAUAACACGUCUUUUAUUUCUUAAAAAACGAGACAAUGAAAUAGAAUGAGCAGAGCCUGAGCAUAAAGCACCGGGCGAGCAGUGGCUUUAUGAAUUUCAUGAGACACAUAGGCUGUGCAGGGAGGUGAGCGGGCAUUGCUGCCAGAAAGCCCAACCGCGGGGAGAGAGGAGUAACAGUAAAAGCUUCAUCUGGACACUGCUUCAGCCUAGGUAUAAUAAACUUCAAGACCGCCGGGUUAUUUUAUAGCGGUGCAUGUGAUAAGAGGGGAGCAAAACUUGGAGCCAGUACCAGCUAAGCCCGCUCCUUCCCCUUCCCGGGAGAGUGGCUCCCUCCCAGGCGCAGGCACUCGCCCAUGUGGGCGAAGCGUGCGCGCCCGUGUGUAUGGAAAUCCAUAUUACACAUUAAUAUACAUCUAUCUCCCAAAUUCAGAGGUCGACCUGAGAGCAGCUCGGUGCAUACGAAACCAGACGGGGAGGGGUUGCUGGGGAGGCCCGGGCUUCCAUUGGCUGCAAGCGUCUGCCGUGGUGUGGGGGUAUCUCUAAUCAUAUUCAGCAUGUUUUGCACAAGAAAUGUCAGCCAGAAAGGGCUAUCUGCUCCCUUCGCCAAAUUAUUCCACAACAAUGUCAUGCUCCGAGAGUCCGGCUGCAAACUCUUUUUUGGUAGACUCCUUGAUCAGUUCGGGCAGAGGGGAAGCGGCGGGAGCAGGAGGCGGAGGCGGCUAUUAUCCCAACAGUGGUAUCUACCUGCCACAAGCGUCCGAUCUAUCCUACGGGCUGCAAAGCUGCGGACUUUUCCCCGUUUUGAGCAAACGCAAUGAAGGUACUUCUCAAAGCAUGGUCCCCAGCUCGCACCCCUACGUGUCAGGGAUGGAAGUGUGGCUAGACACCCCCCGGUCCUGUCGCAUGGAAGAGCCGGAGAGCCAGCAGGCCACCUCGUGCUCCUUCGCUCCAAGCAUUAAGGAGGAGAGCUCCUACUGCCUCUAUGACUCAGAGAAAUGCCCCAAGGGCUCGGCCGCCACCGACCUCGCUCCCUUCCCCCGGCUGAACGCCGAGGUCAGCCCGGCCAGCGGCGGCGGCGGGGUCCCCGUCCCGGGCUACUUCCGCCUCUCCCAGGCUUACGGCACCUCCAAGAACUACAGCGCGGGGCCGGCCGGGGCCGGGGCUGCCUCCUUCCCUCCGCAGCCCCCCGGCCGCUUCCAGACGCCUCCAUCUUUGCCUCCCGUCCCGGACGCGGGGAGGAAGGAGGACGAGGAGCGCUCCCCCAGCCCCUUGGCGUGCAUCUCCCAGAGGGAGGACGAGACUCAGACUUCAUCUUCCACCGCAGAGGAGCUCUCUCCAGCUCCGUCAGAGAACAGCAAAGCAUCUCCCGAGAAAGAGCCCGUAGGCAAUUCAAAAGGAGAAAAUGCAGCAAACUGGCUCACGGCAAAAAGUGGCAGAAAGAAACGGUGCCCCUAUACCAAGCAUCAAACUCUCGAGCUGGAAAAGGAGUUUCUGUUCAAUAUGUACCUGACUCGUGAGCGUCGCCUAGAGAUCAGCCGCACAGUCCACCUCACAGACAGACAAGUUAAAAUCUGGUUUCAGAACCGCAGAAUGAAACUGAAGAAAAUGAACAGAGAGAAUAGGAUUCGGGAGCUCACAGCCAACUUUAAUUUCUCUUGAUGAACCUAUAAACACAUCUUUAUGGUUUAAAGAGCCAGUAUCAUUUUCCUAGGCUGUAGUCAUCCGCACCUGUAUGGAUUAACGAUUUUCAGACAUUCUCAAUAUGCCCUUAACCUCUUAAGAGCUACUUUGGGGUGGGGGGGUGGACUAAAGCCUCGCUAAUGCACAAAAUGCCGUGCGUGAACCUCCCCGCUUCCUUCAGCUUUCUCGGGACCCGAUUUGUUCUUUUAAGCUUUGAAAGACAGGAAUACCAUUUCAGGAGCUGCAAAUAUCUUUCCCCUCAUAUCUCUCUCUGAAAAGUAAACAAACUCGAUUAAAGGCGCAUUCUUUCAAUUAUAAGCGGUGUAACUUGGACUAUACCUAGCUGCAGAAUGAAGAAUUUAAGCCUUGCCAUAUUUCUAUAUAUUGGGAGUUUCCCAUCCUCUGUUUUCCUUUUCUUCCCCCUCCCCCAUUUUUCCUUCGAAAAGCAGGACUUAAAAUAAUGAAAUGCAGGCAUCCUUUAAAAGAGCUUAAUGGGAACGGGUGUUAAGAGCGAUUCUUUUUUUUGCUUUACCUUAAAAGUCAAUAUUACAGCUUUAAAAUUGGCCAGGAAAAUGAAAUCUCUUCUCUUUAAAGGUAUAAAAGAGCUCGUGUUGCUCAUGGACUAAAUUAUGACACUUACCUCUGAAUUUCUCUCGCUCUUUCUGGUUGUAGAUAUUUACUUAAUGUAGUUUUGCUUAAGUAUGUGGAAUUAGCGAUUUUUUUGGUCUAUAAAUAACGUUACCGUUGGUAACGCAUGACAAGCACAGAGAAAUCGUCCCUUGAGAAGAAAGUAGUCACUUUUUCCCCACUAAUUUCACUGAAAAAUAUAUAUCCUGAACAUCAGAAGGACAUUCUGAGCCAGAGUCUGAGAUUGCGAGGGAGAAUAUGUUCGUCUUCCUUUAUACUGUGAAGUUACAUGCAUUAAAGGGUCAAACAUAUAGAUGAAAAAAAAUAAAAAGAGAAAAAAAAAGAAAGAAGCGGAAAAGUUAUAAAUACAGAUAUGUAUAAAUGUCUAUUAUUAUUAAAAUGCCGAUACUGUUUUAAGCAAAUGCAUUCUAUCGUUAUUAUAAAUGUUAGUUCUAGCUAUAUCUAGUUCUUACCUUAAAUCGGAAUAAAUUAAUAUUGUAAUGCUGCUGUGCGUGAAAAAGACGAUGUUUAUGUUCUCAUAGAAGAAUAAAAAAACGUGGAAUGAA